AUGGCCAUUCUGCAACAGUUUGGACUACUGCUGUGGAAGAAUUAUCUUCAGCAGAAACGACAAAUCCUGGUAACUCUGGUGGAGAUGCUCCUUCCCCUGCUCUUCUCCUGCAUCCUCAUUGUACUGCGUCAGAAGGUGCCUUUCAAGGACUACCCAAAUGCUACAAUCUAUCCGAGUUACUCAGUUGAAAGACUACCAAAACAUUUGGAACUUCUAGACUUACAGCUGGCAUAUGUGCCCAGUAACUCCAGCGUGGUGCGUCAGGUGGCAGAGACUGUGCGAGGCAGACUGUCCCUCUCCUCAGUGCGUGGCUUUGAGACGGAGGAGCAUUUUGAGAACUUUGUGAGGAAUAACCCACAGUCAAGAAAUGUGCUGGCUGCUGUGGUUUUUGAGCACCACUUCACGCAUGAUGAUGAACCUCUGCCCCAACAGGUGAGCUACCACUUGCGCUUCACCUUCUCGCCGCGCAGCGCCCCGAUCUCGGAAGAGUCGGAGCUGAAUCCCAACAGCGACUUGGACUGGCACACGCACAGCCUGUUUCCCCUUUUUCAACUGCCCGGACCAAGAGAGCAGUAUGACAAGGAGGGGGGGACACCUGGUUAUUUCAGAGAAGGCUUCCUGGCAGUGCAGCAUGCAGUCGACCGAGCCAUUAUGUACUCUCACAACAGAACUGCUGCCAUCCAGCUGCUGCCUGCUAUCAGAGUGGUGAUGUCACGGUUCCCCUACCCUGCUUUUAAAUAUGACGUCUUCAUCCUGGCUAUUCAGAACCAGCUGCCCUUACUACUGGUGCUCAGCUUCACCUACACCUCCCUCAACAUAGUACGGGCUGUGGUACAGGAAAAGGAAAGGAAGCUCAAGGAGUACAUGAGGAUGAUGGGUCUCAGCAACUGGCUCCAUUGGAGUGCUUGGUUCCUCAUGUUCUUUCUCUUCCUCUCCAUUUCAGUGUUUUUUGUUACCCUGCUGCUCUGUAUCCAGGUGAGCCCUAAUGGAGCAGUGCUGACCAGCAGUGACCCCACGUUGGUUUUCGUCUUCCUGCUCGUCUUCAAUGUGGCCACAAUCAAUUUCAGCUUCAUGAUUAGUGCCUUCUUCUCACGAGCCAAUGUGGCAGCAGCAGCGGGGGGCUUCAUCUAUUUUCUCAGCUAUCUGCCUUAUUUGUUCCUGUGGCCACGCUACGACUUACUGAGCUAUUCCCAGAAGGUGUCGGCCUGCCUUAUCUCCAACAUGGCCAUGGCCAUGGGAUCACAGCUUAUAGGAAUGUUUGAAGGCAAAGGUACGGGAAUCCAGUGGUCAAACUUGUUUGACUCUGUCACCGUGGAUGAUGAUUUCUCCCUGGCCCAGGUUCUGUGCUUGCUGCUGUUUGACGCUGUGCUGUACGGGAUGGUGGCCUGGUACAUGGAGGCAGUUUUUCCUGGGGAGUAUGGCGUGCCUUUACCAUCAUACUUCUUUUUACUGCCUUCAUACUGGUGCAGCAGCCCUCGCAUGGCUUUGGUAAAUGAGGAGGAGAAAGAAGAGGAUGCAGAAAAGGCCAUGAAAAGAGAGUUUGUAGAAGAAGAACCUGCUGGACUUGUCUCCGGGAUAAAGAUUAAACACCUCGCUAAGGAAUUCAAAGUGGGCAACAAGACACGACAGGCUGUACGAGACCUUACAGUGAACAUGUUCGAAGGACAGAUCACAGUCCUGCUAGGACACAACGGUGCCGGGAAGACCACAACACUGUCCAUGCUAACAGGUCUGUUCCCCCCCACCAGUGGCAGGGCCUAUAUUAACGGGUACAACAUCUGUCAGGACAUGGCUCUGAUCCGACGCAGCCUGGGACUUUGUCCCCAGCACGACGUAUUGUUUGAUAACCUUACUGUAAGAGAGCACCUGCUGUUCUAUGCACAGCUGAAAGGCUACUCCAAAGACAAGAUUCCAGAUGAAGUGGAUCGGAUAAUCCGUAUCCUAAACCUUGAGGAUAAGCGACAUGCUCGUUCCAAGACCCUCUCUGGUGGCAUGAAGAGGAAACUUUCUAUUGGGAUUGCCCUCAUUGGAGACUCCAAGAUUGUCAUGUUAGAUGAGCCCACAUCGGGUAUGGAUCCAUCAGCACGACGUGCCACCUGGGACCUUCUGCAAGGGGAGAAGCGCGGCCGCACCAUCCUGCUCACCACACACUUUAUGGAUGAGGCUGACCUGCUCGGUGAUCGAAUUGUCAUCAUGGCAGGAGGAGAGCUGCAAUGCUGUGGGUCAUCACUCUUUCUCAAGAAUAAAUAUGGUGCUGGCUACCACAUGGUGAUCGUUAAGGAUGCUCUUUGUAACGUGUCUGAGAUCACCCGCCUUGUUCACAUGUAUGUUCCCAAUGCCACUCUGGAGAGCAGCGCUGGAGCUGAGCUCACUUAUAUUCUUCCCAAAGAAAGCACCAGCAGGUUUGAAUUGCUGUUUGCUGAGCUGGAGAUGAACAGAGAGGAGCUGGGCAUUGCCAGCUAUGGAGCUUCAGUAACUACUAUGGAAGAAGUUUUCCUCAGAGUUGGAAAGCUGGUGGACUCUAGUUUGGAUAUCCAGGCUAUCCAGCUACCAGCCCUACAGUACCAACACGAGAGACGCUCUCAUGACUGGACCAUGGAUGAUGCCAGUAGCAUCAGCGGCUUGACUGAUGUCACUGACUUCACAGACAGCGGCACACUCGUCUCAGAAGACUGCUCCAACAUUAAGCUGAACACCGGGGUCAGACUACAUCUGCAACAGUUCUAUGCCAUGUUCCUAAAGAGGGCGCUGUACAGCUGGAGAAACUGGAAGGUGAUGGUGGCUCAGUUCCUGGUCCCUCUGGUCUUCACUGUUAUAGCUUUAGUUGUGGCACGCACCUUUCCCAGUCAUAAGGACGCCCUGAAGCUGAGUCUGGAACUCAGUCGCUACGGUCCCACCAGGGUCCCUGUCUCUCUGCAACCUGGGGCAGGACCCAAGACUUCAGCCUUGGCAAACGCAUACAAUUCCCAGCUCUCUGCCCAGUUAGGCAACCUCAUCAAUGCUACUGACUUCAAUGAUUACAUCCUAACUCAGGCAGAAGAAGAAGGCGGAAGCUUUAACGAGCACUGUGUGGUGGGCGCUGCUUUCCGAGGUAGCAGCAACAACUUUGCAGAAGCAACGGCCUACUUUAACAACGAGGGCUACCACACACCUGCCACAGCACUAAUGAUGGUGGACAAUGCUCUGUUCAAGUUUAUAGCAGGGCCGAAUGCUUCCAUCCAGACGGCCAAUUAUCCCAUGCCACGCAACCUUUCUGAGACUGCGCAGAGCCAGCUUACAGAGGGCAAGACAGGGUUUGCCAUUGCCAUCAACCUAAUGUACGGGAUGGCCUCCCUUUCAAGCACUUUUGCCCUGCUGCUCGUAACUGAGUCCUCUAUCAAGUCCAAGCAUGUGCAGCAGGUCAGCGGCGUCUACCUCUCAAACUUCUGGUUUUCAGCCCUGCUGUGGGAUCUGGUCAACUUCCUGCUGUCUUGUGUCCUCAUGCUGGUGGUGUUCCAGGCUUUUGGAAUCGACGCUUUUGUAGAGAACAACCACCUUAUAGAUGUUUUGUUGUUACUUCUGCUGUAUGGCUGGGCUGUUGUGCCUCUUAUGUACCUGCUCAGCUUCCUGUUCUCCACUGCUGCUAGUGCAUACACACGCCUCACCAUCUUCAACAUGAUCUCAGGCACUGGUACCUUUUUGGCUGUAACCAUCUUGGCAAUCCCAGAGUUGGAGUUGCAGCAUCUGUCACACUUGCUAGAUAAGGUGUUCCUGAUCUUCCCAAACUACUGCCUGGGCAUGUCCUUCAGCCAGUUCUACCAGAACUAUGAAUUCAUCUCGUUUUGCACCUCCAGCUUUGUCACUGAAAUAAUCUGCAAGGAAUAUAACAUCACAUACCAGCGGAACUACUUCUCUAUGACAGAGCCCGGCGUGGGACGCUUUCUCGUGGCCUUUUCCGUGCAGGGUGUGGUCUUCAUUAUUCUGCUGUUCGUCAUUGAGCUGCAGUGCAUCCGCACUCUCUGGAGACUUCUCACCUCCCUGUGCAGGAGACGCAAAAAGCUGCCUAUAAUAGAAGAUGCAGCGCUGCUUCCAGAGGACAGAGAUGUGGCCGAUGAGAGGAAGCGGGUUCUGGAAUGCCAGCCGAUAGUAGAAUCUAUGGUUGGUAGCCCCCUCAUACUGCAGGAGCUCAGCAAAGUGUACAGCAGUGGGGAGAGUCUUCUGGCUGUGGACAGGCUGUCUCUGGCUGUCGGAAAAGGGGAGUGUUUUGGCCUCCUAGGCUUCAAUGGAGCAGGGAAGACCACAACUUUUAAGAUGCUGACAGGCGAUGAGAGCGUUACAUCUGGAGAUGCAUUCAUUGAUGGAUACAGCAUCCGGAGAGACAUUAAGAAGGUGCAGCAGCGCAUAGGGUACUGUCCUCAGUUUGAUGCUGUAUUGGACCACAUGACAGGAAGAGAAACUCUGAGUAUGUAUGCCAGGCUCAGAGGAAUCCCAGAGAAAUGUGUGUCUGGCUGUGUGGAGAAUGUCCUGCGUUCCCUGCUGUUGGAGCCUCAUGCUGAUAAACUGGUCCGUAGUUACAGUGGUGGCAACAAGCGGAAGCUGAGUGCAGGGAUGGCUCUGAUUGGUGGGCCUCCUGUCAUCUUCCUGGAUGAACCUUCGACCGGGAUGGACCCUGUUGCCAGGAGGCUGCUGUGGGAUGCUGUUACACGCACACGGGAGUCUGGCAAGGCCAUUAUCAUCACUUCUCAUAGUAUGGAGGAGUGUGAAGCCCUGUGCACCAGGCUUGCAGUGAUGGUCAGUGGUCAGUUCAAGUGCCUCGGGAGUCCCCAACAUCUGAAGAGCAAGUUUGGCAGUGGCUACACACUGCUGGCUAAAGUACAUGUAGAACCUAAAUUUGAGGACAGUGACCUGCUGCUAUUUAAAGACUUCAUUGAAAGCACCUUCCCAGGAAGUCAGCUUAAGGACGAACACCAGGGAAUGGUGCAUUACCAUUUGACUGACAAAACACUAACUUGGGCACAGGUGUUUGGUACUUUGGAGGCAGCCAAAGAGAAAUACCGCAUUGAAGACUACUGCGUGAGUCAGAUAUCACUGGAGCAGGUGUUCCUUAGCUUUGCCCAGUUUCAGCACUGCACACAGAGUGAGGGGAAGUAGGUGGAGGGAAGAAUCUGUCCAUCCCAUUGCUCAUUUUUUUUACACUGCGUGCAUAUGGCCCAUGCACACGGAGUUGCCUCAGUUACACCGCCAGGUGUGGACACAGGCUGGAGGAGAACGUGCUUCGUCUCCAGCUCCGUUUUUACCUUGAACACGGACACACACUCAGUGGGCCAGUGGCAAACACCAUCUUCAGCAUUUCUUUUACUGUAUCACCCUGAUGGUCACACAUGCCAUUUGUCAUCAUGUUGUGUAAAAUUAGAAAAAACAGUUCUGAUUGUGAGGUGAUUAAAGUGACUCUGCAGCUUUUUUCUUUUUUAGUGAGGUCAAACAAAGAAAACGGCGUCACUCAUUAGAUAAUACCACUACUAUGAUGUGUGCGACAGGGUUUAUUUGUGUGUUUGUGUGUGUGUGUGUGUGUGUAUACAGACUGUCUUUUUGUUAUUUAUGACUUUUAUUACUUUAUGUGUGUGCAAAAAUUUGUGCUUUAUUUUGCAAUCACUGCAAGAGAAUGGAUCAUUCCAGCUGAUUCGAUUAUGUAGUUGUUGCACACCUUUGAGCCUUAUCCAACAAGUGAGGGUUCCGGUUUUCUUUAUAUUGCCCUUAUUAAGAAAGACUGGUUAUCCAUAGGAGCCUCUUAAUGUUGUUGCCAGAUGUACAUAAUGUGAUGUGUUCAUGGUAGUAAAACCAUUUACUCGUGUAAAGACUGUUUUGGAAUAAUUAAUGAAUGCAUGCGUAAAAUACGACUUACAAAAUGCACGAUGCUCGGAGAGCAGAGAGCUGCUAGCAAACAAUAGAAGGCCGUCCUGAGGAUUAAUCCACAGAGUACAAUUAGUGUGUUCUUAGCGCCUUUAUUACAUCUCAAUUUUCCGCUCCUGUUUUAGCUGCCAAACAAAGUACAGGAACAGCGCGUUACUAUGUGGAUAUUAGCCAUUACCGUUUACAUGGAAGCUGCUUAGAAGGAAAAUAAAAACCCCACUCUGUGACACAGGAGAUUUUGCUGCUGCCAUUGUUGCAGUGAAACUCGGUCUUUAAAUUCAAAUUGACCAAGAACAUUUUGGUGUAUUUAUCGUUCUUGUUUUCCUGCAGCUAUGCAUUUCACACGCUACACCUGUGUAUGUGUGUGAGCAGUGACUGAUAGAAACAGAGAGCACGGCAGCACGAAAUGUUCAAAACCAAGACACUGAUGACCUUUAAUGUCUCCAGAAUUUAAUUCCUGCUCGUUGAUGAGAAACAUAUUCUUAUGCUUUUAUAAUCUGGGGUUAUAAUCACAUUAACUCAUUCAUUUGACAUUUCUGUUCUCAGAGAAGCGCUCCACAGACGUGAGAUGAAUGUAUACUGUCUUACACAAAAAGCAUUCUGUCAGUUUUAAUAGCAGCUUGAUAUGAUUCACAGUGCUUUCUUUAUGUUAAACAAAACACUGACAUUCCUAAAAAAAAAAACACUGCUAUGUUCCUUAGAGGUUUUCAGCAAUUUUUACUUUUUUAUUUCUGUGUUUUUGCACAAAUCACCUCUCAUUACGUGUGUGACUUGAAAUAACCGCAUUGUCAGACAAGUAGAAAAAUAUGAAAGGUUUGUGCUGCUGAUAUCAAAGAAUGUGUUAAUGAUGAUAUAUGGUGUAUCAAAUUUAAAAAAGGGAAUUUACAUCAUUGUAAUUGUGUACCCUACUGUACCAUGGUACAGUAUGGUCCUUGUCAACUCUAUAUGUAUCGCUACUCUUUUUAAAUUAAAUAAUGCU